CCGGGACACUGAAGCGAGGGGAAGCUCUGACGUCACAGGUAGUCGUCUCUGACUCACCUCGCUCCUUCAAACAAAAUCAAAGCCCCGUAGUUGAGCCAAGAGCGACGAACGUGGAGCGGUUAUUUGCGUUAGCGACAGAGUUUUUAUAUUGUCUCGUGCUUUUUUUAUAUAUUGUCUCGUGCUUUUAUAAUUUCAUACGAUGCCUCAUAAAUGUGCUGUAGCCACAUGUCGUGGUAAUUAUAAAAACGGACCAAAAGUGGCUGUAUUCAAGUUUCCAAAUGAGACUGAACUCCGGAUGAAAUGGAUAAGGAGUCUACGAAGAAAAGAUGGCUUUCAACCUACUAAACAUACCAGAGUAUGUGAAUUACAUUUUCGAUCAGAUGAAAUAAUACGAGAAAUCGAAAUGUAUGAUGAGAAAUCAGCGAAGUUAAUUAAAGCCCCAAUUUCUAGGCCACGUUUGAAAAAAGGAUGCAUACCUUCUCAGUUCCCUGAUGGCCCAUCCUACAUGUCAUCAAAUUCUGUAUCGAGAAUGUCACCAGAAAAGAAGAAAGCUCGUUUAGAAGAGAAAUACCUGGAGAAAGCGAUAGAAGAAAGUUUGAAAAUGAAAGAACGGUAUGAUAAUGAACGAUCAUUUGAAAGUUUAAUUGAAUUCAAUAAUUGCCUAGAACAUCAGAUUUUAGAAACAUUUUGGACAACUGUACAUACUGAAUUGAAAAGAGUGUUACCUGAAAAAGAAACUGAACUGAACUUCCUUUCAGAGCAAGUAAAUAAACUAAAUGUAAAGAAAGAGAAGUAUCGAUAUACUCCAGAUUUACUUAUUUUUUGCAGUUUGUUAAACUCGAUCUCACCGCAUGCAUACAAGUUUUUACGACAUUCAGGUUACAUUUCUAUUCCCCAUCCACGUACUAUUCGUAGAAUUUGUUCAAUGUUUUCUCUUAAUCCUAUUACUGAGCAAUUUAAUGAUGACUUUUUAGGAUAUGUUAAACAAAGAUGCAAGGAUUUAGAAGAAAAUGAUAAAACUGUAAUUAUUAUGAUGGAUGAAGUGCAUUUAAAUUCAUGUUUCGAUUUUAAAGGAGGAAAUUUGUGUGGCAUGGCCUACAACUGUGAAAAAGCUGCUACAAGUGCUUAUGUUUUUAUGAUACGUAGCUUAUUAUCACCUUUCAAGGAUGUGGCACAUAUAUUACCAGUUAAAUCAUUAAAUGCUGAGGAUCUGUAUCAAUAUCUUAAGAAAAUUAUAAUUGGUUUAGAAAAUAUAGGUUAUAGAAUUGUGGCAGUUGUCUCUGACAAUAAUUCAAUAAAUAAAAAAGCCAUGUCAUUAUUUUGUAUGCCUCCAAAAAUUAGUAUUGUGUAUAAAAACCCUGCAGACUUAUCUCGGCCACUAUUUUUUGUUAUUGACUCAGUGCACAUCUUGAAGUGUGUCAGGAACAACUGGAUAAAUCAAAAAACUUCUGGGCAAUGUUUAUUUUAUCCAAAUUUUGAAAAUUUUUCCAAGGUCGAAACAGCGGCAUUUGCAUGCAUAAAAAGUCUCCAUUCAUUAGAGGCAGGCAGAAUUGUAAAAUAUAGUUAUGGUUUGACUCUGAAAGCUCUGUAUCCAACCAAUUUGGAAAGACAAAAUGUCAAGCUAGCAUUACAAAUAUUUGACAGUCGUCUUGCAGAGGCAAUAAUGGUUAUUGGUAAAGAAAAUAGUAUUUUAAAUUACGAAACAACAGCUGAAUUUAUUAAAAUUAUAUCUACAUGGUGGUCAAUAGUCAAUGUCAAAAGUAUCUUUAAAGGACACCAUAAGAUGAAUGAGUAUCAAAAGCCGUUAACUGUGCAAAAUGAUGAUGUUAGAUAUAUUUAUUUAAAUAAGUUACUUGAGUGGUUAGAUCAGUGGAAACUUUUAGGCUGUUCUAGUGGUGGACUAACUAAGGAAACACAUUUUGCAUUAACACAUACUAGCUAUUCGUUGCUCGAAAUGGCAAGGUAUUGCAUUGAGGAGCUAAAAUUUACUUACUUUUUACCAGGAAAAGUUCAGACAGAUCUCCUAGAGAAUAGAUUCGGAAAAUAUAGACAGCUGGCUGGUUCACAACAUAAUAUUUCUAUAAGGCAAGUAUAUGAAACUGAAGCAAAAUUAAGAUUACAAAGUCUUCUGCCAACUGUUAUUAAAUCAUCAAAGUAUGGAGGAAUUCCUAUUUAUCUAAAUUGUAAAAACCUGUGUAUUGAAUCUCUGGAGCAAGAAAAUAUUGGAUGCACUUUCUCAGGAAGAAUAACUAUUACAAAUGAAGAUAUACAAAAUGUUCAAAAUGACAUACCAAUUUUAAUGUAUAUAGCUGGUUACUGUAGUUAUAAAGUUGUGAAACUAUUAAGCUGUGAUAUUUGUAAAGGCAAUCUAACUAUUGAUAAAGAAUUAAUUGUAGAAAAUGAAGGACAGUCUUGGAUAAAAAGAUUUGAUAGAGGACUUCUAUAUCCUCAUCCUGAUGUACUAAAUUCAGUAAUAUAUAAUUAUGUUGUUAUUCAAAAACUUGUAUCUGAAGAAUUUGAGAAUGAAUUUUUAUUUUCUGCAAAUCAGAGGGAUAUAGCAUGUAACUUAACUCUAGACAUACUGAUAGAAAAUGACAUUUUUUUAAAUCUAGAUGAUUGCCCUAAAGCUCAUGAGUCACAGAAAGUGUUAAAGCAGAUUCUUUGGUCAUCAACGAACACAUUUUUAAAUAAUUAUUGCAAAUUAAAGAAUGAUACACUAAACCAGAAAAGCAUUGCAAAAGAGCGCAAAUUGAAAACUUUAAAGCAUAAAUAAAAAUAUAAUGGGUGUUUAGCAAUUAAACAUUUAAAAAAUGUAGGUUUUAAUUCAAAUGAUGCUGUAUUUCAUAGACUAGUAAGUUUAGUAACUUUAAUGCAUGUAACAAGACACAAAAAAUUAAUUGAGCAAAGCCUAGUGAUGUUAGUUCAGAUUUAUUUCUGUUGAAAAAAUAUUUUCGCAUCUAACAGUUACUGUUACACAUUAUUGUGAAUUCCUUAUU